AUGAGUACUGGCGAAAGGUUCUCCAGUUAUUCUGGUCUUAUUCUCACCGGGUUCCGUACGACCUCUUACCGACAUGAUAGCAUGUCGUAUUUCGGACGGGAGAACCUCUGGAAUGACAUGUCCGUUUUCCCUCAGAUGGUGAGGAGGCAAGUGGACAUGGUUGUCGAAGAGAUCGGAGUAGAACUCGUAGAUGAUGUUCUCCACUCCCCUUCUCGAUGCAAUGGUUGUUCCCUUCAGGUUCCGGAGAGCAGUCAUUCUCGUCUUGCUACUGGCGAAGUCUCGACGGGCAUAGCGGAUGCUUUUUCCCGCCUCUGCAGCUUCAGCCAGCACUUCUGCUCUUCUCUCUUUAAGGUCUUCCUUUAUCGCCUCUCUGCAAAGCUUUGCGAGCCCGGACGUGAGUUCGUGUUCUCCCUGCGGCUCGUGCUGCUCUACGCUGGCGUAUCAGCUCAAGAGUUUCAAGAGACAGACGUCUCUUGGUGGUUUUAA